AUGGAACUGUGUACCUCAAACCUCCAUGUAACCUUCAAAAUAUAUCAAAAACAACUAUGUAGUCCUGACCCCGCUAAUAACAGAGAGUGUGACUCUAACGGAAACCUUGUGUGUUUACCGCAUUUCUACGGUCCAAACUGUGAUAAGAAAUGUGAACCAACACGUAAUGGGCACUGUGAUAGCAGCGGUAGGUUAAUUUGUAAUUCCUUAUACUAUGGACGACAAUGUGACAGACAUUGUAUCACUCCGCCUUCCCGUGGACACUGUGAUACUAACGGGACAUUGAGGUGUGAUCCAUCUUACUAUGGAAUACAUUGUGACAAGCACUGUAUCACUCCGCCUUCCCAUGGACAUUGUGAUAUCAACGGGACAUUGAGGUGUGAUCCAUCUUACUACGGAAUACAUUGUGACAAACACUGUAUCACUCCACCAUCUCAUGGACACUGUGAUACUAACGGAACAUUGAGGUGUGAUUCAUCUUACUACGGAAUACAUUGUGACAAGCACUGUAUCACUCCGCCUUCCCAUGGACACUGUGAUACUAACGGAACAUUGACAUGUGAUCCAUCUUACUACGGAAUACAUUGUGGAAACCAUUGUAUUGAUCCGCCUUCCCAUGGACACUGUGAUACUAACGGGACAUUGAGGUGUGAUUCAUCUUACUACGGAAUUCAUUGUGGAAACCAUUGUAUUAAUCCGCCAUCCCAUGGACACUGUGAUACUAACGGGACAUUGAGGUGUGAUCCAUCUUAUUACGGAAUACAUUGUGACAAGCACUGUAUCACUCCGCCAUCCCAUGGACACUGUGAUACUAACGGGACAUUGAGGUGUGAUCCAUCUUACUAUGGAAUACAUUGUGGAAAGCAUUGUGUUGAUCCGCCUUCCCAUGGACACUGUGAUACUAACGGGACAUUGAGGUGUGAUCCAUCUUACUAUGGAAUACAUUGUGGAAACCAUUGUGUUGAUCCGCUUUCCCAUGGACACUGUGAUACUAACGGGACAUUGAGGUGUGAUCCAUCUUACUACGGAAUACAUUGUGGAAACCAUUGUAUAAAUCCGCCAUCCAAUGGACACUGUGAUACUAACGGGACAUUGAGGUGUGAUCCAUCUUCCUACGGAAUACAUUGUGGAACACAUUGUAUUAAUCCGCCAUCCCAUGGUCACUGUGAUACUAACGGGACAAUGAAGUGUGAUUCAACCUACUACGGAAUACAUUGUGAAAACCAUUGUAUAAAUCCGCCAUCCAAUGGACACUGUGAUACUAACGGGACAUUGAGGUGUGAUUCAUCUUACUAUCGAAUACAUUGUGACAAACACUGUAUCACUCCGCCAUCCCAUGGACACUGUGAUACUAACGGGACAUUGAGGUGUGAUCCAUCUUACUACGGAAUACAUUGUGACAAGCACUGUACUUCUCCGCCUUCCCAUGGACACUGUGAUACUAACGGAACAUUGAGGUGUGAUCCAUCUUACUACGGAAUACAUUGUGGAAACCAUUGUAUUAAUCCGCCAUCCCAUGGACACUGUGAUACUAACGGGACAUUGAGGUGUGAUCUAUCUUACUAUGGAAUACAUUGUGGAAACCAUUGUGUUGAUCCGCCAUCCCAUCGACACUGUGAUACUAACGGGACAAUGAAGUGUGAUUCAACCUACUACGGAAUACAUUGUGACAAGCACUGUAUCACUCCGCCUUCCCAUGGACACUGUGAUACUAACGGGACAUUGAAGUGUGAUUCAACCUACUACGGAAUACAUUAUGACAAGCACUGUAUCACUCCGCUAUCCCAUGGACACUGUGAUACUAACGGGACAUUGAAGUGUGAUUCAACCUACUACGGAAUACAUUAUGACAAGCACUGUAUCACUCCGCUAUCCCAUGGACACUGUGAUACUAACGGGACAUUGAAGUGUGAUUCAACCUACUACGGAAUACAUUGUGACAAGCACUGUAUCACUCCGCCUUCCCAUGGACACUGUGAUACUAACGGAACAUUGAGGUGUGAUCCAUCUUACUACGGAAUACAUUGUGACAAGCACUGUAUCACUCCGCCUUCCCAUGGACACUGUGAUACUAACGGGACAUUGAAGUGUGAUUCAACCUACUACGGAAUACAUUAUGACAAGCACUGUAUCACUCCGCUAUCCCAUGGACACUGUGAUACUAACGGGACAUUGAGGUGUGAUCCAUCUUACUAUGGAAUACAUUGUGACAAGCACUGUAUCAUUCCGCCAUCAAAUGGACAUUGUGAUAUCAACGGGACAUUGAGGUGUGAUUCAUCUUACUACGGAAUACAUUGUGAAAACCAUUGUAUUAAUCCGCCAUCCCAUGGACAUUGUGAUACUAACGGGACAUUGAGGUGUGAUCCAUCUUACUAUGGAAUACAUUGUGACAAGCACUGUAUCACUCCGCCAUCCCAUGGACACUGUGAUACUAACGGGACAUUGAGGUGUGAUCCAUCUUACUACGGAAUACAUUGUGACAAGCACUGUAUCACUCCGCCAUCCCAUGGACACUGUGAUACUAACGGGACAUUGAGGUGUGAUCCAUCUUACUACGGAAUACAUUGUGACAAGCACUGUAUCACUCCGCCUUCCCAUGGACACUGUGAUACUAACGGAACAUUGAGGUGUGAUCCAUCUUACUACGGAAUACAUUGUGGAAACCAUUGUGUUGAUCCGCCUUCCCAUGGACAUUGUGAUAUUAACGGGACACUGAGGUGUAAUCUAUCUUAUUACGGACUUAAUUGUGACAAGCACUGUAUCACUCCGCCAUCCCAUGGACACUGCAACACUAACGGUUAUCUACGUUGUGAUCCCCCGUUUAAAGGUUCAGGCUGUAAUGAAAGUUCGGCUACGACUUCUCCUCAGGCCUUUGCAGAUUUCAUCCUAAGGAUAACACUGCGGACCCUUUACAUACCUGCCUGUCCAUGUACAAAACCAAGUAAUACAUGUUUACCGGUGUGCCAUCCAGACGUCCAAAUUUGUUUUAG